GAUAAGGAAACAAACAGAGACGAAGCUCUGGUCUUGGAAAAUGUCCUUUUAGCAUUUCAGGUUUUGGAUUGGAUUUCUGAAACUAGAUCGACUAUAGAUAUGGAGGCCUUCAAACUUAUGAAGGAGCUGAAGACGAAUGUCGAACAAGAGAUUAAUUACCUUCCAAAGGAAACGGGGCUCAUCUUGAUAGAAUCCGCGGAAGAGAAUGGCAGAGGAAUCUCAGCAAAAUGUCGAGAUGCCAAAGUGGAGGACCUCUGGAGCCUGACCAGCUUCUUUGGUUACAGCACACAGGCCUUUGUGUUGGCGGUGAAUCUGCUGGACAGAUUCCUUGCUAUGAUGAAGGUUCAGCCCAAACACUUGGCCUGUAUUAGCAUUGGCUGUCUCCAUAUCGCUGCCAAAACGGUUGAGGAAGAGUGCGAUGUUUCUUCCUCUCACGAACUGAUUCGCAUCAGUCAAUGCAAGUUCACUGUGUCAGACCUCAGUCGAAUGGAGAAAAUUAUCUCAGAGAAACUCAACUUCCAGUUCAAAUCCGUCACAGCCUUAACCUUCCUGCACUUAUACCAUGCAAUCGCACUUUCACAUACCUCAAACAGGACUGAAGUCCUGAAUCUAGAUAAACUAGAAGUUCAGCUGAAAGCUUGCCUCUGUCGAAUCGUCUUCUCCAAAGCGAAACCCUCUGUGCUGGCUUUAGCUCUCCUGAUCCAAGAGAUCGAGGCCUUGCAGUCUGUCGACAUGCUAGAGAUUGCACAUCGCUUACAGAGACAUUUAAAGAUUGCCGACGGUGACCUGUUCUACUGGAGGGAGUUGGUGGCCAAGUGUAUGAUGGACUACUCCUCCCCUGAAUGUAGCAAACCAGACAACAAAAAGCUGGUCUGGAUUGUGUCCCGGAGAACGGCUCAAAAUUUGCACAGCAGCUACUAUAGUGUCCCUGAGCUUCCCACCAUCCCAGAAGCCCACUGGGACGAGAGUGAGAGUGAGGACUCGAGUGAGGAUCUGAGUUCGGGUGAGGAGAGUCUGAGCAGUUCACUGGGCAGUGAUGCAGAGGGGCCCUACUUCCCCCCUUGCUUCUGCCGUCAACGCCAAAAACCACAUACCUCCUAAACCUCCCAAAAUAUCUUCCAAAACAGCCUCUGAGACUCUUUCCUCACUUUCUACAACUUCACUUUUACUAGAAUCCAAAAUACUAACAGGAUUUUAACAAUUACUGUAGGGCCAAUCCACAUACUGUUUGAUCCCCUUCUAUCUUUCUUUAAGCGUUUUUGAAACUGAGUGGAAACAUACACGUUUGCACAAUACUGGCAGCUAAAUUGACUCAGAGUUGAUAUAAAAUGAAAAACAGUUUUGUAGCUGUAGAGUUUUCAGUAGUAUGGUGCAUGUUAGGAUGUGUCACAUUCCAGGCAAUGAAACAGAACACAUCUAACAGAGUUUUUUUUUUUUAAAACAAGGACUGUUGAACUCUGGGAAGCCACCCUAGGUCAUAUACAGUUUGCAGUUUUGUUCAACGGUUGUUAUCAGUAGUUGACGUGGAGGACAUGUUUGCCUGGAGAUGUGCCGUUUUUCUCUCUCCAGGGUCAUUUUGUCAACAUAGAGAUUUUCUGAUUGUGUGCAUGGGGUUCAGAUACAGCUUGUUUUUAAAUGACUAUUCAACUGUUGUUAACUUUUUACUUUAGGGUAGAUUUUUAAGUACCUCUAAUGUUUGUUUUGUGUAAAAAUAAUGUAUGUUGAAAAUGAACACCACAAAAGUCUAAAAAAAAUGCCAUAAAAUGUAAAAAAAAACCUGAA